UUUUGACAGCCAGGCACGUUGGAGACGCACAGCGGAGACAGUGGGGCGCACGAGAGACGGAGAGCUGGAAUUGCAGAGGCAGAGACGCACGAGCUCCUCGGUCGAUUUUUCCAACGUUCCCUGCACACCUUUUUUUUUGAUGAAAAGCUUCUUUUUUUGUUCCCCUCCUAUCGUGUUCCUGCUCGCCCAUCCUUUCCUCGCUGGUUGCAGAUGUUGACGUGAGCCAGAGGAGCGGGUUUUUUUUUCUUCUUUUUUUUCCUCCCGUUGUAGCCGCGCGGCGGGAGGAGACAGCGUUCGCGUUUUGAUGUGGGAGGGCUAUCUCCAUCCGACGCGGGGAGCCCAAAUGACGGGGACAUGCUGCUCUCCCAAGGCUCCUUGACCCGGGAGAGGGGAGGAGAGGAGCACCGUCACCCACAGCCCCGUCACCCACAGCCCGGCAGCGGCUCCGCCAGCGAGAGCCCUCAGACUCCCCCUCUCCCCCACGAUCACUGAAUCUCCUGUCCUAUUGCUAGAGGAGGACACCUACAAAGAAGAAACAGACAUUUUCAUAGGUCAGAAAACAUCCCUCUUUUCUUACUCAGCACCAGCAAGACCACCCAUUGAAUGAGUGGCUGGCCAGAUCCUCUAUAUUCAGGCCAAACUGGGGCUCCAGUUGGCUGUGGUGGGACUCAAGGAGAGGAAGAAGCGUGUGUGGGGGAGCUGGAGCGGCCGACAGGGCCCGAGCUCUGGACCAGGGAACUCGGGCUCCAGGAGGGGUCCCAGGAUCCCUCUGAAAAUGGACUGGCACCAGUGACCUCCGACCUCUUUCCCUUCUGUCCUCCAGCCCUGGCCAAAGGCCUCCAUCAACAAAGAAGGCUGGGGCACAGCACCUGCCCGCGCAGGCAGACGGAGACUCCCACUACCGGUGAGAAACACGCAUUUGCAGAGACAAUUAGGGACAUGCAGACACACGUUGACCCAGAUGUGCACGCACAGGCGGUUUUGCAAGCACAUUUGGAUAAUUGUGGACAGAUGGAAAUCAACCCUCCUACGGGUUCUGUAGGACCUGAACGCUCCAGGACUAUCUCACCAGAGGCUGUACACACCACCUCACCUCAACCUGCCAAUGAUCUUGCCUCCACAAAUCAGCGGGUUGCACCAGUCCUCACUGCAGAGACAGACAGCCCCUCAACCUUUUGUCCGGUCCCAAUUGGUCCAAACCCAAACACGGGCUGUUCUCCCCCUCCUGUUGAGGCAGAGAAGAAAUACGCGCUCCGCAGCUCUGGACGUCCCCGCUUUCCCUGUCACCUUCGCAAAUCCUCCCGCCUCCGCCGAAGCUUAGAGGAUGGGGAGAAGAGAGCCGGACGGGACAGGGGAGUAGAGGAGGAAGAUGACAUUUUGGAGGAGCGGAUCUGGAGGGUUAAAGAGGAGGAGGUUGCCGUUGGAGAGAAAGAGGAGCAUUCCUCUGUGGAGGCCGUUCUCCCCGUUGCUACUUGCCCUACAGAGAUCGCUCUGGCUCUAACUGUACCCAAACCUACACCUAAAGCUAUGCCUAAACCCGGGCCCAGGCUUGGGCAUAAACCUGGACCCAAAUCCAGGUCCAGGCCUGCACCUAAAGCUGUCCAUAAAGCAGCUCCUAAAAGUGUGAAACAGCGUCAGGCAGCACGGUCUAUGGCUCAUUGUGCAACCCCUCAGCUCCCUUUUGCAAACACGACGACCAUCACUGCACCUUUAACUUCGAAACAGGAGCCUGUUGCUGAGGGGUCAUCCCUUUCCAAAAACCGGAGACGUGGACGUUUUGUUGGUGUGAGGAAAAUUGUCGUCAAAGUGGCUCGCAUUCCUGUCAGCCUCAGCCGGCGACAGAAAAGCUACAAAAUUUCUAAUUUGGAGACAGUUACAGGGACAGACAAAGGCAAUGAUGGCGGGAUGGAGAGCUCGGAGGUCGCUCGAGAGCCAACGGCGCUUCUUCGAAUGAAGAACAACGGAAAGAGUGUAAUGGUGAUGUUCCCUCCUGGAGAACUACCGGUUAUUCUCAAACGCAGGCGGGGACGACCACCCAAACAGGCUUUGCCAGGUAUACAGGGAGAGCUUCCAAAUGCAGCAAAUGCUGGUGGCAAUGGAGACCAGCCCAAGAAGCCACAAAGGCGGCGGCGUGCUAAACUCCCUUGCCCUUAUCCGUCAUAUGUCAAUGAUACUAAUGAUGUGAAAACAGAGUACGGGGAUGUUCUGUCCAAAUUGGCCUUUUUAAACCGCCAACCUCCGGCCACCGGCCGUUGCUCUCCCCCUCGCUGCUGGACACCCAGUGAGCCUGAAAGCUUUCAUACCCCGUUGGAAAACCCUGGAAUAUCCACCCUGCUCCACCGGCUCACUGGGUAUCGACGCCCUCGGGGUGGGAGAGGAGGGGGCGCUGGAAGAGGGGGAGCAGGAGCAGGGGGGAUUGGGGGCAAUGAGCGCAAUAAGAGCACAUUCAGUGACUUCUUUGAAUCCAUUGGCAAGAAGCAGAAACCGAGCCCCUUGACGGAGCAUGGAUUACCCCGGAAAAGGGGAAAGGGUGCGGGUGGUAGGGGAGGGGGAGUCGUUGGGACUGAGCCUGGGGGUGAGAAAAUAGUCAAGAAGAGACGUGUCAGAAAAAAUGGUGCAUUGAAAGGGAUGGGGAUGUCCAUCGGUCAGGAGUGGCCCAACGGGGCAGGUGGCUGGGGGGAGGGGGGUAUAGACAAGGAGAAAGGUUUGGCUGGCUAUCAGCUCUGUGGAUCUUCAAGAGGAGGCUUUUCCUCCUGCGAAGUUGGAAGGGGAGGUGCGUACAGCAGUUCACGGGGGAGCAGAGGGGCUGGGCCAGCCGGGGAGGACUCACAAGGCCUGUUUGCCGGAUAUUUCCGGUCACUCCUCGACUCAGAUGAUUCAUCAGACCUGAUGGACAUUGGCUCCUCGCAGUCAGACCCCCAAAAAGCUUCAUCCACGCCCGGUUAUGAGCCAUCCAGUCCAGCUGCAGGUCACGGCUGGUCCACUGCGUUCUCCAAGUGGAGUUCCAAGGGUGCGAGUUCUGGGGGAGAGGGUUCAUCCCAGACACAUUGCUCCUCAGCCAGGCCUCCAUUCAGCUAUAGCAGCCUGGCCCAAACAUCCCCCACCACUUCUACUUAUCCCAAAUCCACUCCUCCAGCUCUCUCACACUCUCCUAGCUCCCCACAUCCCGCCUCCUUUGGCCAUUACUCAUCAGGCUACUGCUCAUCGUCUCCUGCAGUGCCACAGCGAUCCUCAGAUUGCAGCUUUGCAUAUGGAUCCGGACACAGCAGUGGCAAGGCCCCCACUGUUGGUCAAAUAGGUUAUUCUAGCUACCAGUCAGCAGCUAGGCGAGGCUAUAGUGGAUAUCCUGCUGCAGCUCAUUCCUCCAUGCUGCGGGGGGAGUCAACAGGACCCACGUCCCCAGGAGGAGGAUACAUGUCUGUGGCCAAAAGUAGCCCCUUCAGCUCCUCUCCAGAAGGUUACAAACAGUACAACACCAAUCAGUGGAGCAACAGACAAGGCUACGGGGGCUGGUCGAUGGACAGCUUUGGGCCUCCAUAUCACGGCUACAGUGAGUAUGGCUCCCAUGAGUCCAAAGACAUCUUGGAUAUCUCAAACUACACCCCCCAAAAGGCCAAGCGUCAACCUUUUCCUGAAAGUCUAUCAGAAUCCUCCUCUGACUCCUCACACCUCGGCUCUGCAGCCACUGGUAGUGGACCUAGUUCAACAUGUGGCACAUACAAACUGAGCGAGGUUGCUUCCAUUAGCGGAGAGGUGGGUCAAUCAAGUCUGUCCAGCCUGGAGAAGCUGAUGAUGGAUUGGCACGAGAGUGCUUCUGGCCCCUCGUAUAACUGGAGCCAGAACGUCCUCUUCCAGGGCGGGGGAACCAGCAAACCCGGUCGGGGUCGAAGGAAACGGACUGAGCCACAAGUGGAAAAAGAAGGAGGUUCUACUUUAUACUCUGACUCCCCAUCCAGUCCCUCACCGACGCCUGCUCCUGGACCUAAGCGGGGAGGCGUUGGAGGACGGGGCAGAGGGUCAAGAGGAGGCAGAGGGGGUUUGUCUCCGUGUCAAAGAGAGCGCCCUUCAGGGGCCAAAGGCAGGGGCAAGGCUCCCUCUACAUCUGGAGCAGUGACUGCUGGAGGUCCAGAGGGGUCUGGGCUUUUCCAAGAGGGGCUGGACUAUUACAGUGGCGACAGUAGUAGCCUCUCUCCCCUGGCCACUCCCAAUCCUGCACCACCUUCCAGCUACCUCCAGGACCCCUGCGAGUACCCCUCCCCUUAUUCUGCCCACCCCUCCACACCUUCCUCUGAGGAGCGAUAUCCAGCCUUAUACCCUGGAGAAUCCUCCUCCUCCCUCUCACCCAGUGUCUCAUCUCCCCCAUACCCUCCGAAGCCCACCCCUCCUCCACCCCAGUCUUACCACCCAGUCCCCUCCAGGACAUUCUCCCCAUCCUGCUCUCCCUCACCACGGAUAACACCCCUCUGCGCCACAGCACUGAGUCCCUCCCAUCGCCCCCCUCUGAAAGACCCACAGUUCUCACAGUAUGACUCUCCCAGCUACUGCAGCUCCCCCUAUUGGUACGGACAGACAUCGCACAGCGGCAGCCCCAGCCCGCACACGCACAACACACACUCAAACACAGGCGCGCACACACACAGCAAUCCGCACGCAAGUCCUCAUGGAAACACGCACGGAAAUCAGCUCGCCAGUCCAAAUGUGAAUGCACACGCACACAUGAUAUCGACCCUACACGACGCACACCAUCACAACACGCAGUCCCACGGCAACACCCACCCCACCUCACUGCUCCAGAGCAACCCGCUCUCCCACUCCAGCCCCCACACCAACAAUCAGCCCCACAGCGGCAACCACGCACACGGCAACCCCAACUCUCACCUGGCCACCCACGCGCACAGCAACCCCAGUACCAGCCUCCACUCCCACUCAACGCCUGCGCUUUAUGAGGAGUGCAGCCCUCCGUCGACCUUGCCCCCCCACAAGCGGGAUCUGACCCCCCACGCCAUGAGCACAGGCCACCGCCAAGGCCUCUUGCCUCACUCCCCAUUCCCCAAACCACCCCUAGACUCCUCGCCCCAUAAGGAGGACCCCGGCGGCUACUCCCUGUCCCACCAAUCCUACCAGGGCAUUGGACACCGCUACCCCUCCCAAGCGGGUCAGGGGGGCGGGGUGCUGUGCCAGCUCCUGGACACGGCCAAUGACGACAGCUUCAGCGUCACCAGCCUGUAACAGCAGGUGCACUCAAUCCAAGCUUUUACAGCCUUUCCUUGUUUUGUUAAGGAGACUUCUUUGUGUAGAGUUUGUGAAAUGAAGGGUGAGAAUUUAGCUGCCAGCUUUGGAUAGUAAAGCUUUAAUUCUCCAGCAUUGACAAUCAAUAUCAACCGCAAUCUAAACACCCAAGCAUGCACACACCAACACGCACACACACAUACACACACGCAUGUGCAGAUUAAUGAACUACCUAUACAUGGACACCUAAAAUCCUACAUGUGAAAACUCACUCGCACUCUCUGCUGGAAUGAGGGCAUGGCAAGAGGAGCUGGGAGAUGAAUACCAGACGCUGAUGGACAGAAACAAAAACUAUUUCCUCGCCCCUUCAAGUCCUGCUGUGAUACAUAAAGGACUCGGUUCCCCUGAAGUCUGUAUGCCACCAAGUCCUUCUGCUCCUGUUCUGUACAUCUGCAAUAUGGAUGAUCACACAACUCUCUUUCUAUCUCUCUCUGUUUCUUUCAUCUGUUUGCUGUUAACCUCCCCUCCUCUGCUAAACCAGCAACUGUGUUCUGCACUCGUCCUUCACUAACCCUGCAUUUCUGUCUUGUACUCCAAAUGUGAACCGCAUCUGACCCCCGAACCGACUUUUUAAAACCCAUGAGCCUAGCAAAUGUCCCCGCUCUGUGCGCUCCUUGUGUUGUGUCCCAUAAGAGAGAAAAGUGGACUGAACCAGUUUCUGUUCUUGAAAUACCAGCAUCUGUACAUAUGAUCAGCUCCAAUCCAGAGCCCCCCCCCCCACCCCCCCUUCAUUUUGAGGGUCCGUCAUCGACAUGCUCUUCUCAGCGUUCUGCCGUGGUUUCUCUGCUCUUGGGGGAGAGCGGACUGCGGCACGGAGACCCGACAUCCUGUGUUUUAAUGUUUUAACUACAAGGGAAAGAGACAUUGAAGUCACACAAUGGCCCCAAAGAGACUCGUUUUCUGUGUGCGAAUGUGACACAGAGGGGGACGUGUUUGCGUGACUGCAGUAAUGCAUGUGCUUGUGUGUACGUGUGCAUUUAUGUUUGCGUGAGCGUGUGUGUGUGCGUGUGCCUGUGGGGUCAAAAGGAGUGAAGCUCCCCAGACACCAAAGUCUUGGCGGGGUCUCAUUCUUUCUCUCAGUCUCUCCCUUCUUUUUUCUGUGGUCUUGUGUUGUUUGGUGAUUUUUGUGAUGAAAAAAAUUGUAUAUCUGUCUGUUACAUAUCAUGUACGUAUCUGAGGUGCAAAAUAUUUAAAUACACAUUCUGUUCUUGCCAUUGGUAA